AUGAGAAUAGCAUCGUCGCUGUCAAUGAAGCUGAGACACUUGCAGCUAGCCAGCCGAGAGGCGGCGCACAACUAUCUCCCCCAUCGGAUCAGCCGUAGAGAGCUUGCCAAUGAUAGGUUCGAUCAUGAUGGGGUCGACAUCGCUAUUCUCGGACGCCCCAUCGGCACCUCUCAUGCUCUUCCACCACUGGCAGAAGAAGUUGUUCCGGGUGGCCCAGACCUGACUCGCAAGCUUGGAGGCGACAGAGGCAAGCAACUCGUACCGCAUGGAAUGGAAUGGCACUCAUCUGGACUAGCGAAUCCCUUGGUUAUGUUCACCCCGUUUUGCGAAGCAUCAAGUCGCCUUGGCAAGGAGGUAUUUGCCCCAUCGAUGACAACGAGACCCGAUGCUCGUCUAGGUCACCACUCCACAGCAGGGUUGAUUAUUGGCUCAGUUUCCGGAUCCGUGGAGCUACAACAAAUAUACUGCGGAUCCGAACACGGAGCCAUUCAAUACUCAUCAAAGCAUGUGAUCAACCACCGACAAUUGACCAUGGGCUGCCUGGGAUUGACGAGCAAACGUGGAAUGUCGCCCGAAAUUGACAGCAGCAACGGCCAAGCCAUGCAGGAACAGGAACCCGUUGGCGCCUAUAGGUCGAAUAAGGCGAGUCUAAUGGAUGCCAGGCAAUCUAUUCUGUACAAGAAGCGUUGGUUAACCCAUGUCUUUGUAGGCUCCAGUCUCUCCCUUGCAGGGUGUGCAGCUGCAAACAAGGUGGGAUGUUUAGAUGAACAGGACCACGAACACUAAGAAUCGGCGCAUGAGCUUAGCUUCGCGACUGUAUCUCAUUGAGAAUCAGCCCUCGACCACCGAUGGUCCUCCAGGGGGCCGAUGUCGUCAGCACACUUUAACUGUGGCCACUUCGUGGACACUUCGUCUCCAGUCAACCCUAUUAUAAGGAGGGAAUCCCCGGCGGCAAACGCCACCGUUGGUGGAGAAUGGAUUCAGCAUGCCUGCAUCUCGAUGUUCCCAAAAGACCGUUGGCCAAUUUCGCCGUCUGUAGAUUUUCCUCUGGCUGGCCUUUCUCAUCGUGGCGUGCCACCUCACCCCCGUCGGACGAGGCCUGCUUCGUCGACCUCAACAACCCUUGCUCACG